AUGGAGCGGCACCUGGGUCGCUCGCAACCGUGCUGGGUUCCAGCACCUGGAUAUCUCCUGCGCUGGCACGCGCAGUUCGGCAGUUUCCAGUCUACUGUACGCCAACGAACCGCUAUCGUUCCGACAAAACGUCUGCAGCGGCAGUUUCUCAUGCUGCACGAGUUCCUACCGAGCACCGUCGGCACGUCGUCACGCGCCACAGGCGAAGCGAAAGGAGCUGCGUUCGACUGGUUGAACGCAGCGAUGCAGGCUCAGGAGGCAUGCCACGUGUUCGCCGAGUCACCGACGAUUUGCCGCUACAUGAACGAAAACCGCCAGGAUCACCUGAUAUCUUACUUACGUCGCUUUGGCUCGGGGGAUCUCGCAGCAAGCCUUGAUGAACUGGAGCGCGUUGAAAUGACCCAGGUCGACGAAUACGGGUUUGAGCUUGACCUGAUCAUGUGCAGUCAAGCCCGCAACAAUUGUGUGUGCGUUCACGAGCGCCUCUCGUGGCCAGAUGGGGGUCACUGCGACACCGUUGAGCAGUGUGUCGAGAAGCUGUCGGACAUGUCUCAGAGGUGCGGUCUUGGUGAGCUGAAGUGA